UUCUCGUUCCUCCUUUUCUCAGUCUCUGGUUUUUCGUCCUCAUUCAUCAGCCAUCGCCCAUUCAACCACCGAAACGACCAUCACAAGGAGACCCUGUUUUAUUAUCUAUUUUCUUCUUCUCCGCAACGCUACAUCCAACUUCGUACGCAUUGCAUUAUCUAUCGCCAGCCAGCGAGACUUUUGUUCACGUCGUCCGGUCUGCAUUAACAUCGCGACCGAGUCAAGGCCGAUCCCGAAUCGUCCUGUCAAAGCGACUGUCAACAGACUUUUUUUUCUCUCAAGCCUCACAAUUCUCUGCCACAGCCAACUUUUCAGUUGGUAUCAACCUAAUUAAGUACAUUCCACGCCAUUUCGACCACGUUUUACCCUCGCGACCUGCCAUAUCGCGUCCCCACCGACAAGCUUGCGUCGCUCGAUUGCAAAGUUAGAUAUCUCACUUUUCAGUCAACUUAACAUCCGCCACUCCCAUACACAAUGUCUGCCGGAAAGCUUGACAAGUCUCUCGACGAGAUCGUCUCGUCUCAACGCCGCACUGCCGGUCGCCGCGGCGGUGCUGCCCGUCGCUCGACUGGCCGCCCGGCUCCCGCUGCCCCAGUCGGUGGCAUCCACAAGAACCCCAGGGCUGCCCGCAGCGCCGUCCAGAAGCCGGCGCCUGCCAAGGCCUCUGGAGCUCCCGGAACCAGCAAGGUUGUUGUCAGCAACAUGCCUAAGGACGUGUCCGAAGCGCAAAUCAAGGAAUACUUCGGUCAAUCCGUUGGACCCGUGAAGAGGGUCGAGAUCUCAUACGGACCCGGUGGAGUUAGCCGUGGUAUCGCCACGGUUACUUUUGCCCAUGCCGACGGUGCCAGCAAAGCUUUUGCGGAGCUGAACGGUCUUCUUAUUGACAACAAGCCCGUCAAGGUGGAAGUUGUUGUCGCGUCUGCCGACCAGAUUCCCGCCCCGAAGACCUUGAGUCAGCGGGUCACGCAAAACAAGGCGCAGCCCAAGUCUGCUGCAACCGACAAACGAGGUGCCACUGCUGGCAAGGGCGCUGGUGCUGGUGCUCAGGCCAACGGCGCGAAGGGUGCCAAGAAGGCCGCCCCACGAAAGGGUCGCAACGCACGCCCGGCGAAGAAGACAGCCGAGGAGCUUGACUCUGAGAUGGCUGACUACUUCCAGGGAGGCGAGACCAACACAGAGGCAGCACCUAACGGGGCUGCUCCCGCAGCCACCAAUGGUGGCGACGCUGCCAUGGAGGACGACAUCUUGUAAACAAGGUCUCCAAGGCUCAUGUCACUUGGGGUUCUUAUUUUGGCGAGAGCCAGUAGGAGAAAACCAUUCGCAUCCGGCAGAUAUUUUUACUUGAUUUAUUUCGUCACGGAGCUCAUGUUUUUUUUUCUCGGCGGCCGCGCAGGACAGGAUGGUUUUUUAUAAGGGGUAUCUGGCCCCUUGGCUCCAUUGCAUGGUUGCAUAAUGGUUCCUUUUUUUUUUGUCUUCUUUUUUUCUUACACCAGCGACGUAAUGUACAAAUAAAUUUCGAUGCGAUGGCACUCAGGCACUCUAAUAUAUGACACUCUCGGACGCUCCACAUG